AUGACUAGUGAAGUAUCAAUGCAAGAUCUUAGGCAAGCUACUGUUGUUCGUCAUACACCUACAAGUACAAAUGCAAGUACAUCGACUGAUCAUCCUACAACUAUAUUUAUCCAUAAUAAUAAUAAUAAUAACAACAAUAACAGCAGCAACAACAAUAGCAAUAAUAAUAAUAGUAAUAGUAAUAAUAUUACAAAUUGUACAAUUAAAAAAGAAGCGGAUACUUCUAUUCAAGACGAUCUGGACAUAUACAGUCCUCGGAAAGAGUAUACUAAAAAAUCUGUAGACUCUAGGUUAGCCAUCCGUCAUAGCCAUUAUGACGACGUUGAUGAUGAUGAUGAUGUUGAUGAUGACGAAGCAGAGCAAGAAGGCGAAGAGUCGGACAACGCUGAUGAUAUUGGCGGAAUAGCAGUGGAUGAAGAAGAUGAAAACUUAAAACGUUUAUUGCAUGGAAUGCAGAUGCGCACAGAACCCCAUAAUAAAGAUGUUCAACAACACUUGCUGUUAUUAUUACAAGAACAAAAACAACGAUUCCAAGAUGAACAGAGCCAUUCACGUCAAUCUGAGAAUUUAAAUACUACUAAUAAUACUAAUACUACUAAUAAUAUUCAUAAUCAACAGUUAUUAUUAUCACCAACAUUACAAAAUGGUUUAGAAGAGUGUACAAAAUGGCGUACUUGUCCAACUUUAAUAAUCCCAUCAAGGGAAUCAAUUGAACAGCCAAGAUGUCAUACUUGUAGAGAAAUUGUUUAUCCAUUAGAAGCAUUACAGACAAUUGGUCGAGUUUAUCAUAAAUCAUGUUUCAAGUGUCAUCAGUGCCAACGUGUUCUUACUUUGGGAAAAUACAGUGUAUGGGAAGGCAAUCCAUAUUGUGAACCACACUAUCUGGUCUUAUUCAAAUCAUUUGGACACUAUGAUGGCACUGCACCAAAGACUUCAAGUACAACAUAUGAUACACCAUCUCAUAGUGAGUAUUUUUUUCAUUUAUGUAUUAUACUCAUUUAA